CGUCAUCCGUACACCCAUGCUGCGUAUUUGAAUGAUUGCUAUUGUACUAAUAAACUACAAUGUACUUGUAAUAGAAACAUUCAACAAAGUUAUGAAUAAAAAGGCCAGUUUCGAAGAAUGUCUUAAAAAAGGAAUUGGUCUCACUAUGCUGCAGAAUUUCGAGGCAUGCAACUAUAAGUUCGUGCAAUGGUUGGGAGGGUGCUAACGAACUAUCUGAUCUAAAAAUUGGUUAGUAGUAGAAUCCUGUGUGUACGCGCACUUUGCGUCUUGCUGCCACACACUUAAACUAUAAUCAUAUGCCGCGCCACAAGUAUGAUUGCUAUGUAGCAAUAAUAUUGAUCCAUUGCAUAUGAAUUGCCAAUAAGCUCGAAAGUCUAAAAAUACAUGGUCGAGUGGGAAUGGAGAUUGCGAGGGUAUAAGUAGGACGCAUUUCCUCUUAACAAAGUCUAUUCUUUCUUUUUCUUCACUAUCAAUUUGAUACACUUAUACACUUAAUACUAAUAAUACUCUAAUACAAUGUCUGACUUUGGAAGAAAGAACGUCUCUGACAAGAUCGCCGAAAAGGUUACCCCAGAAUCUGAAAAGACCACCUUGGACCAAGCCAAGGAAGCUGUCACUGGUGGUGUUGACAAGGUUGCCGCCUCCGGUACCCCAGACAACCAAAAGUCUUUCACCCAAACCGUUGCUGAUGGUGUUCAAACCGGUCACGAUGACGCCAAGACUGCUGUUAACAAGAACGAACAAACCUUGGCUGAAACCGCUUCUGAAUACGUUGAAGCUGCUAAGGAACAAGUUGUUAACGCUGCUACCUACGUUUCCGAAGUUGUCACUGGUGCCACUGAAGGUGCUAAGACUGCUUCCACUGAUGCUAAGAAAUAAAUACUUAUUAAUUAAUAUAUGAAAAUUUACGGU